CCGAAAAGAACUGAGUUCCCAAUUCCCCAUAAGCGCCGCCGCCUCAGGAAUAAUUUGGCCGUUGCUGCUCCCCCAUCUUCUCCCCUCUCCCCUCUCACGCCGCACGAGCGCACGCAGCCGGAGAGAGAGCAAGGAGGAGCCGCUGCCGCCGCCACCGCCGCGUAGGAGGAAGACCCAGGCCGAGAGUAGCAGAGAUGGCGUCGAGGACGGUGUCCAAGGACAUCAUCACACUCAAGGGCUCCGCCGCCAUCGUCAGCGAGUUCUUCGGUUACGCGGCGAACAGCAUCCUGUACAACCGCGGGGUGUACCCGGAGGAGAGCUUCGCGAGGGUGAAGAAGUACGGCCUCCCCAUGCUGCUCACGCAGGACGAGGCCGUCAAGACCUUCAUCACCAACCUCACCUCCCAGCUCUCUGAGUGGCUUGAGGCGGGGCAGCUGCAGAGGAUCGUCCUGGUCAUCAUGAGCAAGGCUGCUGGCGAGGUGCUCGAGCGCUGGAACUUCAAUAUCGUGACCGACGUCGAGGUCGUCGAGAAGGGGGUGAUCAAGGAGAAGAGCGACAAGGAGAUCAUGAGGGAGAUCCAGGCCAUCAUGCGGCAGGUCAACUCCUGCAUCUCCUUCCUCCCCUGCCUCGAAGAGCCAUGCAUAUUCGACGUGCUGGCCUACACCGACGCGGAGACCGCCGUGCCCUUCACCUGGGUCGAGAGCGACGCCAAGCUCAUCGACAACCCGCAGAUGGUGAAGCUGCACUCCUUCGACACCAAGAUCCACAAGGUGGACACGAUGGUGUCGUACAAGGUCGACGACCUGGACGAUGAGUAACCUGCGGCGGCCCCAGAGCUUCCAGACAUUACAUCCACCUGCUGGCGUGAAGUGACCUGUGUGAAUCGUUCAUUCACGUCUGGAAGUGACUCUGCUGGGGAAAUUCUCUCCUUGUGUUCAUUCACGAAACAUGUACACCUGCUGGAGAAAUUUUCCUUGUGUUCAUUCACGAAUCAUGUACUCUUUCUUAUCCCUGUUUGAUUGAAUGCAACGGUUGCCAGCUGUUGGAUUGCAAA